AGAUAGGUGAGGCCGAAGCCUAAGGCCUAAGAAAGAUAAGAACAUGAGUCGACGCAGUUGUUUAGAAACAUUUCUGGGAGAAAUGGAAUAAAAAAGGACAAAGGCGUCAUUUACAUCACUGAUUAAUCGUUUUUUCCCAGUAGUAGAGAUCUAAUUGCAGACGCACUGCUAGUUUUACAGUAACUUUUAACAAUCUACAAAAUUAUGCAAUCGACAUCAUGCGGCAUUGAAUGCGUGUAUGAAACGACAGGUCAACUGGGGUCAUCGCAACAGAAAUACUGUGCUACAUACAUUUCUUGCAGUCUCCCCAAAUUUACUAUGUUAAAAGUGUUAUAUUAAAGUUAGAUUUAAAAAUGUUUGGGAUAAACAGGAGUAUACCAAAGAAAUUAGCAAAAAUUUGUAUUAAUCCUGAAAGAACUCAUGGACCUUUGAGCAGUUUUAGUACCUUUAGUGAAAUUUUGUUAACACAACAUAGGUCAAAGGUUAAAGUUGAACACUGUAAAAGGAUUAGUUCCUUAAAUGGAAAGAGACAUUACAGUAAUCAGAAAUCAAUUCAUGUGAAAAGUUGCAAUGAAUUAUGUAGAUCAAGGCCUUUGAUGAGAUUUGGCAUAUUUUGUAGAAGUUCUAAUAAUUUGCACAAUGAACUAGCUUUUUUAUUGAACAGCACAGGCCUAAUAUAUCCAGAUCAAAAGAAACAUUUUCAUAGUUUUACAGGGGUUAAAAGACUUCCUUGCUGGGAUGAAAAGUAUUUUUUAAACAGUUUUCCAAAAAAUGUAGAAAGAGGCAUUCAUUAUGGAAAAAAGACAUGCAAUGAAAAUAAUAACACCCUUGAAAACACAAAUUCUGUCUUUAAAAUUUCAAAUAAUAGAAGCAAAGUACGAGAUAAAACUAGAAUUAUUCUUAAUGGAAGAAUUUCAAGACUUAAAAACAGUAUUACACUGAAGAGGAUUUUGUUGAAGGAGAAAUUGCAGUUGCACAGAGAUAGGAGUAUUUUGAAUGUGAAUAAAAUUAAACGGAAGCUGGAAGCAAAGAAAGAAGAUGUCAGAACAAUUCCCAAUUUACUGACAACCUUAAGAAUGGCUUCAGCACCAGUCCUUGCUUAUCUCGUUGUACAUGAUCACUUUGGAGCAGCUUGUAGCAUUUUUGUUUUAGCAGGAUUAACUGAUGUAUUAGAUGGUUACAUCGCUCGGAACUUCAAGAAUCAACGAACAGCCUUGGGAACAGCUCUAGAUCCAUUGGCGGACAAGUUACUUGUUAGUUUUUUGGGCAUUUCUCUUACAUCUGCUGGCCUAAUUCCAGUCCCUAUGCUAGCUCUGAUCUUGUUGAGAGACGCAGGGCUAAUAGUUGCUUCGUUCUACAUAAGAUACAUCUCGUUGGCACCUCCAAAAACAUUAUCCAGAUACUUUGAUGUCUCACAUGUAACAGCUAAACUUUACCCCUCAAACAUAAGCAAGGUGAAUACAGGACUUCAGUUGUCAUACCUUGCUGCAACAUUGGCAUCUCCUGUCUUUGAUUUUGUUGGUAGCCCAUGGCUGGAGGGUUUCAUGUAUUUGACAGCAGUAACCACAUUCAUGUCUGGAGUGGAUUAUGUAUUGACUUGGCGACGAAGAUUAAAAAUAAUAAAGAAUAACUAACAUGAACAAUGCCUUUAGUUCCAUGUUGAUUAGACUUUCUCUUUAAGGUUAUAGAAUGUUCUAAUUCUGUUAUAUUAUACAACUUUACAUAUUUUUAUUAUUUUAACAUUUGUCAUUUUCUUGAGUGUAGGUCAGGGGUGAUAUGAUGUUAAAUAACACUGCCUUUGAUUUAUUUUAUUCUUGUUUAAUGCAGUGUUUAAUUAUAUGACUAAGCAUUUUCCAAGUUGUAAACUGCUGGUUAAUUUUAAACAGUUUAGUGCAUACAUUUGAAAUAGUAUUUGUAAUCCUUCUUUAUCAGUUGAACUAUGGCAAAUUUAAGUUGAGGCAUUUAUAAUUAAUGAAAUAUUUUAUUAAUUAAUUUUCUGACUAUUAAAUAUUGAUUGGAUAAUUAAGGUGACACAUUUUU